AUGGGGCCCCUCAUGGCCCUGCCACAAAGCAUAGCGGGUGGACAGCCCGAAGUAAAGGCGCGGCGUCAGUGCCGGGAGAAGCAGCCGAGGGCGGCCCCCGAGAAACGAGGCCUGCGAGAACGGCGCCAACACAGGCCCCGCAAAGCCACACUCAAAAGUGAGGCCGGGGACCGCCGCCGUCCUCCUCAAGCCUCCGCAGGGUCCGCCAUGCCCGGCUCUUUCACGCGCAGGUGCAUCUACAAGGUAGACUUUGGUGGGCGGAGUCAAGGGCCGGAAGUGCCCCGGCGCACUGGUCUUCCCCCGAAACCCGCCAGCAGGAACUUCCCUGAGGUCCCGCUUCCAGCCGGAACGCUGGGUUGCCGGGCAACCGGCGGGCUCAGUGCUGCACCGAGUAAGCCGAGUGUAGCUCCCACCUCCUGCCCUGGCAACUUCUCGUCCCGCCCGCUUCGCUUCUUGCCGCCUCUCCUUGCGCCGCGGAAUCCCUGUCCUUGGCACUACGUGCACCUCUCCGGCUCCCAAGACACUUUCGUGGCCACCUGCUUCGAAGCCAAGCUUCACCGAAAGCGAAGCGGUCUGACCCUGGGCGUGGCCUGCACGUUGACGGACCGCGCCUCUCCGGCCAUGGCCACCUACACCUACACCAGCCGGCCCCGGGCCCUGCCUUGCCGGCGCCGCCGUUACCGGGACGACCAGAUGCAGCGAGCUGAAGAACCUAUGCAUUACGGAAACAUAAUGUAUGACAGAAGGGUGAUCCGAGGCAACACUUAUGCUCUGCAGACAGUACCACUGCCUGGGCAGCCCGAUCCUGCAGAGAUUCAGAGACAGCAGCAGGCUAAGAGGAGGGCUCUUGCCAAAAAACGAGCCCAAGAACAGCUCAGACCACGAACGCCUGAACCCGUGGAAGGCAGAAAGCAUGUAGAUGUACAGACAGAAUUAUACCUUGAAGAAAUUGCUGACCGCAUAAUAGAAGUUGACAUGGAAUGCCAAACAGAUGCAUUUUUGGACAAACCACCAACACUGCUCUUUAUUCCUGCCAAAACUGGCAAAGAUGUGGCCACCCAAAUUCUAGAAGGAGAGCUCUUUGACUUUGACCUUGAAGUUAAACCAAUGUUAGAAGUUUUGGUGGGAAAGACCGUCGAGCAGUCUCUUCUGGAAGUAAUGGAAGAAGAAGAGCUGGCGAGCCUGCGGGCCCGUCAGCGCGCACAUGCGGAGUUACGCAACGUCGAGCUUGCGGAAGUUCAGCGACUUGAAGAGCGAGAGAGACGACACCGAGAGGAAAAAGAACGUCGUAAGCAACAGCAGUGGCAAGUGGUUCACAAGCAUAAUGAGACUGCACAGAAAAUCGCCGCCCAAGCGUCUGCACAGCGUUACCUGGCCGACCUUCUCCCUUCUGUUUUCAGCAGCCUCAGGGAUGGUGGCUACUUUUAUGAUCCUGUUGAAAGAGAUAUUGAGAUAGGAUUCCUUCCAUGGCUAAUGAAUGAAGUUGACAAAACCAUGGAGUGCAGCAUGGUUGGAAGAACAGUGGUUGACAUGUUGAUUCGUGAGGUGGUUGGGAAACGACUGAGUCUGUAUGAGCGUAAGGAGGACAGGCACUCUUCUCUGAAACCUGAGGAUGGGCUCAGUGAUCCUGGAGUAAUGAGAGACCCACCGGUGGGCUACGAGUUCCAGGAUCACGGUGCAUCACAGGCACAGAGGCCACUUCCAGACACAGACUCCCUGCAAAGAACACUGUAUGAUGCAAGGUAUAUGGAGAGAGUGUCAUCCCAAGACAGGAAGCUUAUGGAAGAAGAGGAUGAGCAAACAAUGAGGAAAUCCUUCAGGAGUGAAGAACUGUUGCAAUAG